UACCAAUUUAAAACGUUAAUCCCGCUUCCACAACACAAACGUCAUCCCUCUUUGUCCUGUUUUCUAUUUCUAACCUGCUUGCUUGCUGCUCACAGCAUACCAAAAAACAGAGAACAGAACAUCAUCUCUCUCUCUCUCUCUCUCUCUCUCUCUCUCUCUCUCUCUCUCAUAAUGGCUGGUUCUUCAUCUGAUGAUAUUAUGCACCAAACACACCCAUCAUUGGUUCCUCCUGAAUCACAAGAUUUCUCAAAUUUACUAUUCAACCAACUCAUGGAUCCUUCUUCUUCUUCCUCAUCUUUCAAUUUCUCUGAUCCUUUUCCUAAUCCUUCCACAACCAUCCCUUACCCUCCUUCUCAUUUCACUUCUUCUUCAACUCAGAAUGAUGAAGCUUCAGAGUUGCCAUCAUCAAAGGCUACCCCACCACCACGGUCUUCUUCAAAGAGGAGUAGAGCUGCAGAGUUUCAUAAUUUGUCUGAAAAGAGAAGGAGGAGUAAGAUUAAUGAGAAAUUAAAAGCCUUGCAGAAUUUAAUUCCAAAUUCUAACAAGACAGACAAAGCUUCAAUGCUAGAUGAGGCUAUAGAAUAUUUAAAGCAACUUCAGCUUCAAGUACAAAUGUUAAUGGUGAGAAAUGGAUAUAGCCUGCAUCCAAUGUCUUUAUCAGGAGGACCGCGGCCUACAAUGUUUUCUCAGACCGAUUUGUUGAAUCUUGAUGAGAGUAAUAUUGGAUUUCACAAUUCUAUCAAUGCAAAUGAUGAAUGUUUCACGCGGCCUGGUUUUAGUUUUCCAGAACAAUGCAGCAUCUCAAAUCAAUCUGUUAUUUUACCGUCGAUGACAAAUAUAGCUAAUUUUGAUGCUUCAUCAAGUUUUCAACCCUCUAUUAAGGAUGUUUUCUGCAACAAUAUGCCACAACUGAUUUUGGAUUCAACAAGGAUUGGAAAAACUCCUUCUCCAGAUGUGUCUUAAACAGCUUGAAUUCACAGGAGACAAGGAUUUUUUAGUAAUUUGUUCAGAUAAUUGAUCUAUAUACUUGAACUCAAAUUUGAUACUUUAUUAGGUUGCUUGUGGUACAAAUAGGUAACACAGUUUGACACAAUCUUUGUGCCAUUGAAAACUGCAUUGAAACGUAAUAGCAUUUUAUAACUUCAUCAAUUAUUAUAAACAUGAAGCUAAUUAAAAUUCUGC